GUCACAAAGCUGCCGGGCACCUGGGCCUCAAGGCUGGGCCGGUGGGCUGGUGGGUUCAGCUUCAGGGGCAGAGCUGGCCCAGGGCAGUGCAUUGCAUGUUGCAUGGGAUGAAAUGUUGAAGGCUGCCUCCUCCUCUUGCAGGCUGGCUUCCGAGAUUGCACCUUCUUCUCCUGCUCCUCCUCCAACUCUAUGACCCUCCAAGGCAGAGCUGCCCCGCUCCGGACCCGGGAGGAUGCAGCGAGCAGCGCGGCCGCCGCCGCCCCCGCACCAGCUGCCGCCCGGCGGGCAGUGCUUCCCGCAGCCGGCGCCCGGCCCCCGCAGCCAUGGGGUGGGCGGCUCCCCGCAGCCCCCGCGGGGGGCCCAGCUGGCCAGGGACCGCCUGGCGCAGCAGCUGGCCGAGGCCAAGACGGGGCCGCGGCCGGUCCCGCGCCUGCGGGUGGUGGUGGAGAGCCAGGCCUUCAAGAACAUCCUGGUGGACGAGAUGGACAUGAUGCUGGCCCGGGCGGCCACCCUCAUCCAGGCCAACUGGAGGCGCUACCGGCUGCGGCAGAAGCUCAUCUCGCAGGUGACGGCGGCCAGGGCCAUCCAGGAGGCCUGGCGGCGCUUCAGCAUGCGGCGCCUGCUGCGGUCUAGCCGCUCCACCGUGAAGAGGGUGGCGGCCGAGGAGGGGGACAUCCCCUACCACGCCCCGCAGCAGGUGCGCUUCCAGCCCCAGGGCGAGAGCCAGCCGCCCCCCAGCCCCCGGCGCAGAAUGCUGAGCAAGGAGACCCAGUUCCCGUCCUGCGACAGCCUGGCCCCCAGCAGCCCCUGGCUGGCCCCGUGCCCGCUGCCGCCGCCCCCCGCGGAGCCCGUGUGCCCGGCCGCUCCCCACACCUUCCUGCCGCCCCCCACGGCCGCCAUCGGGUUUCCCUGCCCGGUGGGCCUAGACCCGCCGUGCCAGCCGGGCCAGCCCUGCCUGCUGACCGAGACGGUCAGGAGCACCUGCCUGGUCCACGUUGAGAGCAACGUGGUGAAGGCCAAGCCUGGGGCCGCCGGGGCCAGCAGAGUGGGCAGCCCGGAGCCGCCGCCCCAGCCGCCGCUGCCGGGGAGGUACGGCCAGGCGGUGGCCAGACCGCUCAAGAUCCAGACGCAGGUCCAGGUGGAGACAGAGACCUUCAAGUCCCCCCUCCAGAUGUGCCCGGAGCCCGCGGCCACCAAGACCCCGCCCAAGGCGAGCCCCGUGCCGCCAGCGCCCACCGUGACAACCGCCAAGGCCCCGCCCCAGGCCCCGGUGACCAAGGCCCCUGCCCACAUGUGCCCGGCGCCCGGGGCGGCGACCAAGACCCCAAUCCCGGCGCGCCCCGCGGCCUCGGUGGGCAGCGUGCGGCCACAGCCACGCCCCGUGGCCGCGGUGGCCAGGAUCCCGCCCCAGGUGUGCCUGCUGGCCUCCAUGUUCAAGCCUCUGCCCCAGGCCCGGCACAUGGCCUUGAUGGGCAAGACCCCGCCCCCGCCGGCGUCCCCGGUGGCCAGGAUCCCGCCCGCCCAGGCACGCCCGGCGCCCAAAAGCUCCUCGCAGACCAGCCCGGCGGCCAGCUCCUCCAAGACCUCAUCCCAGGCGUGCCCGGUCGCCUCGGCGACCAAGCCCCCGGCCCAGAUGCGCCUGGCGGCCAUGCUGUCCAAGACCCCAGCCCAGGUGGCCACAGUCCUGAGGACGCUGUGCCUGUCCUCUCCGGCCGCGGGGACUCUGAAGGCGCCACCCCAAGCCGGAAUGGCAGCCGGGGUGGCCCCUGUUCACCCGAACACGCCCAAGGCCAAGGCCCCAGUGGCGAAUGCCAGGCAGGCCCCGGGGGCCGCCAGAGCCCAGCCCCACCCCUACCUGGCGGGCGGGAAGGUCAGAUGCUUCCCGCAGCCCCACCCGGGCGCCCCGGCGGGGGCGGCGGCCACGGCUCCCAAGGCUGGGGACAGGCCUCCGCCAGAGGCUGAGAGAGUCAGGGCCGGCCCCCAGAGACAGAGGGACGCAGAGGUGGCCCCCAAGACCGGCGUGCCCGUAGGAAUGACCAGGAUGAUGUCCUGGACCAAAGUGGUCGAGGAAGGACACAAGGACUCACUGCAGACUCACCUGAGGACAGAAGUCAUCGAGGUCCAGUCCCAGGUGUACGUGCCUGUAGAAAUGGCAGGGACCCUGCCCCAGGGACCACCGGUCCCCUCGCUGACCAAGGCCUUGUGUCAGGAACGUCCACCCUCUAUGCCCCAGGGACCGCCGGUCCCCUCGCUGACCAAGACCUUGUGCCACGAGCGUCCACCCUCUAUUCCCCAAGGACUGCCGGCCACCUCGCUGACCAAGGCCUUCUGCCAGGAACGUCCACCCUCCAUGCCCCAGGGACCUCUGGUAACCUCGAUGACCAAGACCUUGUGUCACGAGCGUCCACCCUCAAUGCCCCAGGGACCGCUGGUCCCCUCGAUGACCAAGACCUUGUGUCACGAGCAUCCACCCUCCAUGCCCCAGGGACCGCCGGUCCCCUCGAUGACCAAGACCUUGUGUCACGAGCGUCCACCCUCAAUGCCCCAGGGACCGCCGGUCCCCUCGCUGACCAAGACCUUGUGCCACGAGCAUCCACCCGCCGAGCUGACCCUGGCACAGCUGGGCACGUGUUCGGCCAAGGCCUCGUCCCAGCUGCACCUGCCCACCAAGGUGACCAAGGCCCCCUCGCUGGCUCAUCUGGUCACGUGCCUGAGCAGGGUGCACUCCCAGUCCCACCUGGCCAUGGGAGCCGCCAAGUUCCAGUCCCAGGGACACCUGCCCUCCGGGCUGACGAAGGCGCAGUCCCAGGCCCAGCUGGUCACCGAGGCAGCCAAGUGUCUCUUCACGGCGCACCCGGCCGCCGACCUCACCUGCAAGGCCCAGUCCCAGCCGCUGUUGGCCGGGCCCAAGGCGGCCGCCCAGCCCUGCCUGCACCCGGGCGCCCGGGCCAAGCUGGAGGACAGACUGACCCUGCUGCAGCAGCCGCCGCCGCCGGCCAGCAAGACCCCCCAGGGGCCCCGGCCGGUGUCCCCCGAGAGCCAGGGCAUGCUGGUGCCGGUGCUGGCGGCCGCCGGGCAGCCUGCCUGCAACGUGGAGUCCUGGGGGGACGGCGGGCCCCGCAUGGCCCCGCCGCCGCUGGCCGGCCACGCGGCGCCCUGCCAAGAGGACAUGGCGGCCUCCCAGCUGGCCUCGCUGUGCGCCGAGCUGGCCGCCGUGCUGGGCUCCCAGGAGGACCUCCGCGCCCUCCUGGCCAAGGCCCUCUCCCAGGGGGAGGUCCGGGCGGCCCUGAACCAGGCCCUGUCCCGCGAGGUCCUGGGCGCCACCGUGGCCAAGGCCCUGCCGCAGGGCCUGCUGGGCAUGGUGCUGGUGAAGGCGCUGUCUUGGAGCGAGCUGGGCGUCACGCUGACCCGCGCCCUGUCCCGCGGCGAGCUGCGGGCGGAGCUCACCAAGGCCAUGCAGGGCCGGCUGGCCGAGGUGCUCAGCAAGGCCCUGACGGAGGAGGAGCGCGCGGCCCUGAGCCAGGCCCUGUGCCAGGGCGAGCUGGGCGCCGUCCUGAGCCAGUCUCUGUCGCAGGCGGCCCUGAGGACCGGGGCCAUCCUCCCCAAGGCCGCCUCGAAGGUGGCGGGCAGCGGCGUGACCCCGGUGGCGGCGGUGGACUGCAGGGGGACCCUGUCGGCGCCCUGGGGGCCCGCCCUGGGCCUCCCGAGAUCCCGGUGCAGCAAGGGCCCCGUGGAUGCUGGCGUGGCUGGUGGCCGACGGUGGAGCUCCGCUGUGCCCCGUGUGGCGGUCAAGCCCACGGGCUUCGCCGUCGCCCCCCGCGCCGCGUGGGAGCCGGCCCGGGACCGCGCGCCAUGGGAGCCGGCGCGCCGCCCGUCGGCGGUGGACCCCAGGCUGUCGCCGGAGCUGAUGGUGUCCAUGCAGACGGUGGAGGCGAUCCUCAUCCGCGCCGUGACCACCAUCCAGGCGGGCGCGCGCGGAUACCUGGUGCGCCGCGCCGUCCGCGUGUGGCACGUGAUGGCGACGGUCAUCCAGGCCCACUGGCGCGGCUACCGCGUGCGGCGGAACCUGGCGCGGCUGUACCGGGCCACCACGCUCAUCCAGGCCGCGUGGCGGGGCUACUGCACGCGCAGGGACAGCGCGCGGCGCCAGCGGAUGCUCCUCCCCGUCGUGUGGGCCGAGCUGCGCCGCCGCUCGGCGGCCGCCUCCGACCGGCCGGGCUUCCAGGAGCGCGGCGCCAGGGCCGGCUCCGAGCACCGCUGCUUCCAGUCCUGCCAGCCGCGCGCCUGCAGCCUCUGCCAGUCGCUGGGCUCCGGCGUGGGGGGCCCGCCCAGCGUGGUCAUGCUCGUGGGCUCCAGCCCCCGCACCUGCCACACGUGCGGCCACACCCAGCCCACGCGCGUGGUGCAGGGCGUGGGCCGGGGCGCCGCGGGCCAGGGGGGCACGCCGCCGUGGUCCCCGGUCCCCCGCCUGGCGUCCCCGAGCCCCAGGCAGCUGCGCCGCCAGAACCAGGCGGCCACCUCCAUCCAGUCCGCGUGGAGGGGCUUCCGGAUCCGCCGGCAAGUGUCGGAGCAGCAGAAGGCGGCCAAGAUGGUCCAGGCCAACUGGAGAGGCCACUACACGCGGAACUGCCUCACCACCGACGCGCUCUUGGGCCGGACCAGCCCGUGGGCCAGCUCGCAGCACUGGCAGACCUUUUGGCCUGGCGUCUAGAAACCUGGCUGCCAGCAGGGGCUCCUGGGAGGGGCCGCGUGGCUCUCUGGGUCUCAUUAAUAAAAUCCUCCACAGCCUGGA